AUGAGCGACCUGCCCGAGUCCUUCACAAGUCUUUCCCCGGAUAGUCCCUCGGUCCACGCCUUCUUUGAGCACGCAACCUCCACAUGGCAAUAUAUCGUUGCAGAUCCUUCCACCUCUCAUGCAGUCAUCAUUGACCCUGUCCUGGAUUACGACCCUGCAUCUGGGAAUAUCUCGACGACUACGGCGGAGACGCUACUGACCUUCAUCCAGGGCAACGGUCUCAAGGUUCAAAGGAUACUUGAAAGUCAUGCACACGCCGACCACCUCUCCUCGUCACAGUACUUGAAACGACGCUUGGAGGUUCCCGGCUCCCUGAUUCCGAUAUGCAUUGGCGCGCGUAUCGAGCAGGUCCAGCACACCUUUGCCACAGUGUACGGACUCGACCCUUCGGUAUUCUUGGAAAGUUUCGACAUCUUCCUGGAGGACGAAGAAGAGUUCCGGCUAGGCGAACUCGCUUGUCGGGUGAUGCACCUGCCUGGUCAUACCCCUGACCACGUUGGAUACCUCAUCGGCGACUCAGUGUUCUGUGGAGACUCUAUAUUCUUGCCUGAUGUAGGAUCUGCCAGAGUCGACUUUCCGGGCGGAAACGCGCACGCCCUGUAUAUGUCUAUGAACCGUCUGCUAUCUCUUCCUGAUCGCCAUCGUAUCUUCGUCGGACACGACUACCCUCCCAAAGGGCGUGCACCACGUCCAUGCGCAACAGUAGAGGAACAACGACGGGAGAAUAAGCACUGCAAGAUCGGUAUAUCUGAAGACGAGUUCGUUGCUUUCAGACAAGCAAGGGACGCUAUCCUAGGUUCCCCGAGGCUCUUGCAUCAAUCUAUUCAGGUGAACGUACGGGCUGGAAAGCUCCCCGCUCCCGAUCCCCAGGGCAGAGCAUUCCUCAAGAUACCUCUAAGGAACGGCUCCGCUAUCCCAUCAACAUCUGUCUGA